AUGCACCCUUGCACCGCGGAAUCACUCUGCCUCCCACUCAUAGAUCUUCCCACUCCCCAAACUGUCACUAUGCUCAAUGGGUUGAGCCCCCAGGCUGGCAAAAUCUGGAAGAAGGCUAAUCUUACCUUCUCCUUUGAUGGCAAACAAAUGACCAAGACCUUUCUAAUCUGCAAUACAGGGUCUCACGCUGCCAUCUUAGGAUUGAAAUGGUUAGAUGCCCACAAUCUGGAGAUCAACUGGAACCUACGCACCCUCUCCUUUCCCCAUGCACCCCUGGAACACGUGGCUAUUGCCAAAGAGGAGGAAGCCAACAAAAACCCCCUUGAAGGAGUACCCCCAAAAUACCAUCAGUAUGCUAAGGUAUUUGGGGAGGAAGAAUUCAGCAAGCUUCCCCCACACCGGCAUUACAACAUUGGAAUUGAACUCAUGGAGGAAGGACCACUCAAUUCCCCCCUGUAUAGCAUGACCAACGCUGAAUCUGCUACACUAAAGGAUUGGCUCAGGGAAGAAUUGAAGGCUGGAAAGAUACGCCCCAGCAAGUCCUCCAUUAGCUCCCCUGUGAUGUUUGUACCAAAAAAGGAUGGCUCCCAUCAAUUGGUUGUUGAUUACUGUUGCCUUAACAACCGGACCAAGAAGAAUGUUUACCCACUACCCCAUCCAGAUGAUUUAAUGGCCCAACUCUGUGGCGCCAAAAUCUUCUCUAAACUAGACCUAAGAUGGGGUUACAACAAUGUCCAAGUUAAGGAAGGUGACAAAUGGCAGACUGCUUUUUGCACCAAGUAUGGUCUCUAUGAAUCCCUGGUUAUGACCUUUGGCCUAACAAACGCCCCUGCUGCUUUCCAACACUUCAUGAACAAGCUAUUCAAGGAUCUAUUGGAUGUAUGCGUCAUCAUCUAUCUGGAUGACAUCCUAAUUUACUCUAAGGAUGACGCAACGCACACCCAACAUGUUCAUGAAGUCCUGCAACAGCUAAUGGAAAAUCAAUUGUUUUGUAAAGCAUCCAAAUGUACAUUCCACAUCACAUCCGUGGAAUACUUGGGGAUCAUUGUAUCAGAUAAGGGUUUUAGCCUGGAUAAGCUCAAGAUCCAAGCUGUCCAGGAAUGGCCUACACCCACUAAGGUCAAAGAAGUCCAAUCCUUCUUGGGAUUUGCCAAUUUCCUUUGCCGGUUUGUUGCCAACUUCAGUCACAUGGCCAGGCCACUACAUAACCUGGUCAAGAAGGAUACACCAUGGACCUGGGGCACUAAGGAGCAGGAAGCUUUCCAAGGGCUAAAAAAAGCCAUUACCAAUGCACCUGUGCUAUGUCAUGCCAAUCCCUCCAAACCUUACUUCCUGGAGACCAAUGCAUCCGGUGCCGCAUUAGGGUCCAUACUCAGCCAACGUCAGGAAGAUGGCUGGUUACACCCACUAGGGUUCCUAUCAGAAUUGUUCAAGGGAGCAGAGCAAAAUUAUGAUAUGCAUGAUAAGGAACUACUUGCAAUCAUCUGCUCCUUUGAAUACUGGCGCAUCUUUCUAGAAGGAACAGCCCACCCAAUCACAGUCUUCACAGAUCAUUGGAAUUUGGAGUACUGGAAAGAGUCUAGAACCUUCAACUGUUGCCACGCACAAUGGCAUCUCCUACUAGCCAGGUACAACUUCCAAAUUGUUUACCACCCUGGAAAGCAAUCAGGGAAGCCAGAUGCUCUCUCAUGCCGUUUGGACCACGCUGAUAUUCCCCCUGCCAACCAAACAAUGCUCCCAGAUCUGGUGUUUGCCAACGUAGCUCUUGUCACCCCUGAAAGAGAACUCCAAUGCCAAAUUGAGGUAUCCCUGGAUCAAGACAAAUUGCUGGAAGAAAUCCUACAAUUUCUCCAAAACAAGUCAAAGGCACCACCCUCUAUCAAAAGAGCAUUCAAGGAUUACCAAAUGGAAGCGGGUCUACUCUUCUACCAAGGCCGGAUUGUAGUCCCUGAUGUUGGAAACUUACAGACGGAGCUACUAAGAAUCUUCCACAAUAGCCCCUUGGCUGGCCACCCGGGAAGACAACAAACAUUAGAACUAGUGUUGAGGAAUUACUACUGGCCCAGAAUCUGUGCUGACACAUAUUGGCACGUUGACUCCUGCAAAACGUGCCAACGUAUCCAAAAGCCAAAAUACGUCUCCAUCCCUCUGCAACCCUUGGAGUUACCAUCCAGACCCUGGCAACAUGUCUCCUAUCAUAUGAUAGUAGACCUACCAAAGGAUGGGAGCCAUGAUUCCAUUCUGGUUGUUGUCAACAGCUUCACUAAGUACAGUAUUUUCAUCAAGUGUUCAAAAAAGCUAAAAGCUCCUGAACUGGCUGAGCUAUUCCUGGAAAAUGUCUGGAAACGCCAUGGUAUGCCGGAAAAAACUGUAUUGGAUAGAGGCAGGGUAUUCAACAACAAAUUCCUAAGGGCCCUGUACAAACGGCUGGGAAUAGACCCUCACUUCUCCUCAGCAUACCACCCACAAAGCAAUGAGCAAACAGAACAAGUAAACCCCUCCAUUGAACAUUUUCUCAGGGCUUACUCUAGCAUCAACCAACAGGACUGGACCAAAUGGCUCCCCAUGGCAGAAUUUGCCUACAACAACGCCGUACAUAGCAGCACUGGGAAAACUCUGUUCAAAGCCCUAUAUGGAUGGGAACCUUCCUUAACCCCAUCAAAUGUACCAACAGACAUCCCUGAAGCCAACAAACUAGCCCAAGCUAUGGAAGCUCAGUGGAGGGAAGUGGAGGCAGCACUUUGGCAAUCAAAGGCAAAGAUGAUAGCCGGGGAAGAGGGAAGCCCAACAGUAUUUGAGAUAGGAGAAGAAGUAUGGCUUGACGCCAAGAACGUUAACCUCAAAACCCUAAGUCCCAAGUUAACAGAACAAUGCUUAGGACUGUUCAAGGUUAUCAAAAGAAUCUCCAACCACACGUACCGGCUUGAACUUCCCCCAACCAUGCGUAUCCACAAUGUCUUCUAUGUAGGGCUCCUGUCAAAAGUCAAAAGGGAUGACAAAUGCGCCUUUGAAAACUGCCCUCCACCAAUCACCGUGGACAGGGAAGAGGAAUAUGAGGUAGAAGGAAUAACAGACAUGGAGGAAAGAGAUGGGAAAUGGUUCUUCAGAGUCAAAUGGAAGGGCUACAGACCAGAGGAAAAUACAUGGGAGCCUCAAGAAAACCUCAAAAAUGCAGGAAAAAUUUUGAGGAGGUACAAAGAAGAAAUGAGAAAGAAGGCCCUUGACGCUGCCAAGGCCCUUAGAGGGGGGGCAGUGUUGUAG